AACGGUCGAAAAUUUCGAUUCUAAAAUAGCAUUAAAAUAAAUAUUCUCUAAAACGAUCAAUGGUUUGUUAAUAAAAAUGAAUGGAUUUGCAACGUUAAAGGAAAUCAGCGAUACUUUUAAGGAACAAUUAAAUACUGCAUCUACAGAGUUAUUUACAGUGACCGGCAAUCAUUGUUAUGAAGAUGGCAUCGCAAAGAAAAUAAAAGAUAUAAAUUUAGCUACUUCGAAAUUAAGAUUAUUAAAGGCAAAACCAUUAGCUUCUUCUCAAGAAAUCAUUGAGAAUGGAGAUAAGGAUAACAUUAUCAAGAACUACGAAGAGACUGCAGUAACUUUGCUUAUUGAAAAACAAGUUAUAAAAUCUGUGACUCAAACAAAUGCUGUAAAAAGUUUAUUAAUUUCACCUGACCAAAGUCUCGAUCAAGAAAUGUUAGAAAGAAAAUGGAAAAUCAAAGAAGUAUUAACAAGAUUUGCACAAUUAGAAACAGAAGAUAUGCAAUUACAAACAGUUUUAAAAGAAAAACAGGAUAAUCUUGAUACAUUAAGAACGGAGUGGAUUACGGAAAUUGCAACUUUGAAAGAAAUGAAGAGAACCAUAGAUGGAAGAGGUGAUAGAGAUAUAACAAUGGAUGGACCUGCAUAUCAGAAACUUCGUAUGUUAAUCGAAAAAAUGGAACUAAUGCGUUGGAUGAUAUCAAAGCUGGUGACUGCAAGAACUGGAAACUACGACUGGCUUGCUGACCCUGACAGAAGGUUUAAAGCACUAGAAUUGUCUAGACAAGAAAUAUCAUUGGAUGAAUUUAUUAGUGAAAAUUGAUAUUUUAUACUGGCCGAUUAUUGUGGUGUUUACCUUAAUUUUAUAAGAAAAAUCUAAGAAUAGUUAUGGGCCAGUGUAUUUUUAUAAGACAGUUUUAGUAUGUUUGAAGUUAUUAACUCAUAUAUCUGUCCUUAUUAGAACCAUUGAACGAAGUGCGCCCUACUGUCCUAAGUUCGCUCAAAUACGUACAGAUUAUCCAUCAAUUAUGAUAUUUUCUAUCACUGUACGAAUUAAGGCAAAUAAUCUUUUUUUUUUAUAUCAUAAGGUGGCAAACGAGCAAGCGGUCACCUCAUCGCUGAAAUAGCGAAGUG